AUGAAUGCGACCUUCGAGGAUGAAUACCGUUGCGAAGUCGAGGACUGGAUGUUUCACAUGGAGGGUCUCACCACCCCGUCGGUAGAGAUGAUGGACAUGCAGCCUGAUCUUCAAUGGUACAUGCGUCCUCACCUCAUCGACUUUCUCAUCGAGAUUCACCAUCAACUACGUCUCUCGCCAGCUACCCUCCAUCUCGCCAUCAACCUCAUCGACCGCUACACCUCCCGUCGUGUCGUCUACCGCAAGCACUACCAGCUCGUUGGUGUCGCUGCUCUCUGGAUUGCUGCCAAGUACGAAGACUCUAAGGAGAAAGUACCUACUGUCCGUGAGUUGCGUGCCAUGUGCUGUGGUGCCUACGAGGAGGACAUGUUCUUGCAGAUGGAGGUUCACGUCUUGAACACCUGCGAGUGGUCCAUUGGUCACCCUACCGCCGACUCCUUUCUCCAGCUUCUGCUAAGCGACAAGACUGUCGUACAACGCGACGACAGUGUCAAAACUGUUCACCUCGCACGUUAUCUGAACGAGAUUGCUCUCUUUACGCGCGAGUUUCUCAAGUUCCAGCCGAGUGUCAUCGCCAACGCUGCCCUUCUCCUUUCUCGUCACAUUCUUGGCCAGCGCCGU